AUGUUCUGCUGGAUGCUAGUAGAAGGCUAUCAACUGUACUUGUCGUUGAUCCAAGUGUUUGAUUCUAACAAAACACGUAUCUUACCAUACUGUUUAUUUUCGUAUGGUUUCCCAGCCGUCGUUGUAGGUGUAAUAUUCAGUUGGGAUGGCUAUGAACCUGAUCAGAAAUGCUUUGGGGCAAUGCCGUCAUCACAAGCAGAUUUGGCUCUCUUUGUACCAGAUUUUAUUAUUAUUUUGACAAAUGUCAUCAUUCUUGUUAUUGCGUUGAGAGUGCUUCUAACGGUGAAUAGUCGUGAUCGUAGCAGGAAAGAUAGACUCUUCCGGUGGCUGAAGGGAUUUGCCACACUAUUAUGCUUACUAGGUGUCACUCACUUAUUCUAUUUCUUGUGGUUACUCCAUUUAUGGGAUGAUGUGUUUGAAUGGAUGCAUGUUGUCUUCAAUAGCCUACAGGCACUUGCAGUUGUAUUUGACGUAUUUGACCUCAAGGAAACGUUUUCUGGCAGCGUUUGCUUGCUGCUUGUUGAAGUUCUGUUCACAUUAAUUGAUGUACAGAGGUGGAAAUUACAAACACAGACUCUUCUCACAAUGGGAACAAUGUGA